CAUAUGGAUUAUUGUUGAGGUUUGAUAAGGUUCUGCGGUCCGUCGCAGUUGAAAAUUCUUCGUCUUUUUCAUGAGGUUUAGUGGUUUAUAAGUUUAAUCAUGAUGGAAGGUUCACUGAGUAAAUGGACCAAUGUUAUGAAAGGUUGGCAGUAUCGCUGGUUUGUGUUGGACGAGAACGCUGGCCUGCUGUCUUAUUACACGUCUAAAGAGAAGAUGACCCGUGGCGUGCGUCGCGGUUGCGUUCGUCUCAGGGCGGCGGUGAUCGGCAUUGAUGAUGAAGACGACUCGACCUUCACCAUAACCGUCGAUCACAAGACCUUCCACUUCCAGGCCCGCGACGGUCUCGAACGUGAACGAUGGGUCCGGUCGUUGGAGGACACGAUCGCACGUCACUGUCGCCGUGAGAGAUGGUCUCGGAGUGUACCGGCACCAGCUCACAGGCACGGGGAUCUGGAGAGGCGGAUCGCUGAGGCGGACGCGUAUCUGCAGAUCAUGAUUGAACUCGUCUCGAAAAUGAACGUGAGAGUAUCAGAUCUGCAAGAUCCUCAAGAAAAAACAAAGGGACAAGUGAUUUUAGAUCACUCCAAUGCCAUGUUGGACAAUAUAAAACAUUCCAUAGUCCUCCUACAAAUAGCUAAGAACACAGUAAAUCCUGUGAAUGGAGUCUACCAAGGACCAACGAGCAUCACUCAAUCACAUAUCAUGGAAGAUCUGUCUCCCCGAGUGGAGCUGGGUUCGGAGUGCCGUGAGCUGACAUCCCCAGCACUGCCGGGACCAGCGCUAGAACAUAUUGACGCACCCAGACAGGCGAUGUCGUUGCUGGUCCCAGACACGUCGUACUCCUCGUCGGAGGGAGAAGACGACUUCUAUGACGCUGACGAUGGACCGCCGGAUGACAUGCCAGGACCCAGCGCUGGUCGUACCUGUUUGGCUGAGGGUGCCAUAGAGCAGGAGUCGACACCCCCUGCAGCCGUCGACCUUCCCAGGACCAGAGAUGGGGAGAUCGACUAUGACGCCCUGUAUGAGGAUGACUCCGACAGCGACCUGGGCUCCAUGGAGAACCAUGGCUCCGUGGUGACACAUCUGCUAUCACAAGUCAAGAUAGGAAUGGAUCUCACUAAGGUAGUUCUCCCUACGUUUAUACUGGAGAGACGGUCUUUGCUGGAGAUGUAUGCGGACUACUUCGCACAUCCCGACCAGUUUGUCAAGAUAGUGGACCAACCGACUCCGAGGGAGAGGAUGAUACAGGUGGUGAGAUGGUACUUGAGCUCAUACCACGCGGGCCGGAAGUCGCAGGUAGCUAAGAAACCAUACAACCCCAUACUGGGCGAGAUCUUCAGGUGUCAUUGGACUAUAGACGGCGAACCGCAAGACAGCAAUAGCAAGCAAGAAGUGGGCGACGGCCCUGUACCCUGGUGUUCCCCGGACCAGCUGUCUUUCGUAGCGGAACAGGUGUCACAUCAUCCACCUAUAUCAGCGUUCUACUCGGAGCACGUCAAUAAAAGAAUACAAUUCGACGCCUGGGUGUGGACCAAAAGCAAAUUCCUCGGACUGUCCAUCGGCGUCCAUAAUAUCGGCAGGGGCCUCGUCUCUCUGUUGGAUCUGGGAGAGGAGUAUUCCCUCACCUUCCCCAACGGAUACGGCAGAUCUAUCCUGACGGUUCCCUGGAUAGAGCUAGGCGGGUCUGUGGUCAUCGAGUGUGUGCAGACGGGGCACAGGGCCAACAUAGAGUUCCUUACGAAGCCGUUCUAUGGAGGGAAGAAACACAGGGUCACGUGUGACGUGUUCGUGGGCACCGAGAAGAAGCCGUACUACUCCGCGCAGGGAGAGUGGAACACGAGGGUUGAAGGAAGGUGGACGGACACUGGACGAACAGAAGUCCUCUUCGACGUGUCCAACAUGAAGCCGAAGAAGAAGCGGGUGGCUCCGAUAUCGCGCCAGAACAGCGGGGAGUCGAGGAGGGUGUGGAGACACGUGACGGCGGCGCUCAGGGCGGCCGACACGGACGCCGCCACCAGCGCCAAGAGGAGGCUGGAGCAGGCGCAGAGGGACGCCGCCAAGAAGAGGAUCGACGACAACCACAAGUGGGAGACGCAGUUAUUCAAACCCAAAGGCGACGAAGGCUGGGAGUACACGACGCCUCUCAGCAAACGAAUAGAGACAUCAAAGUCACCUAAGAGACAGGACACGGCCACUAGAUAAUGGACUUUAUUGUAAUUAAUAUAAGGUACACUUUACACGAUAAACGCACUAUUCAUUAGUACAGCGUGGAUUUGUACCGAAUACGACUCUAGGGAAAUAUAUCAGUAUGGGAGGGAACAUUCGUUUGUUAUAUUAUAUAAUAAUUAAUUUAUAUUAUAUCCGUGUCCGCUGUGAUGCUGCGAGUGUAUCGCGAGGUCUCCGGGCUCGGGCGCCCGUGUGUAGAGGGAGAUACAUGUUUGGACCAAUUUUUUUUAUUAAUCUCCGCUAUAACGUAUUAUGUAUGGUUUAGAUUUUUUUUAUAUAUAAACAUAUGUUUGAGAUUAUUUAAUUUAAUUUUUUUUUUUGGACGACUCUUUACAGAAAUGUAUUAAUACUUGUUUUAAAACUGGUGUAGGUUUUUAUUGAAGAGUAUGUUGUUAUAUUUUAACAAAAUUCCAUUGUUAAACUGUUCUGACAGUUGUGGCAGAAUUGUAGCUUUUAUAUAAGGACGUUUAUAUCGGACGACACGACAACGACGUAGAUGUCGUGUCGUUGUCGUUCCGUCUGUAUAAAACUAUAGUUAAAAUCUAUUCUUAAUGUUUAAUAAUCACUAUGGCCUAUAACAAGCAAUAACUGUAAAUAUAGAUUCAUCUUUCGCUUUAAAGAUUUAACUAGUGUAUAGCACUUGUUGACACAUUGAGGGAUGUGAAUUAAAUGAUCCUAAUUCUAGACAAUUUUUAAUUGUAUACUCCAAAAAAAAAAAUAUCUAUAUUUAUGGUUUGAAAUUUAUAUAAUAAUUAGAUAAUAAAAAUAUAUUUCGUGCAUAGAUUAAGUGACUUCAUUGCUUCCCGUGCGGAAGGCCCGUUUUCUCGUGCACACUCAGGUGUUUAGACUUCUCCAACGAUAUCAAUUCAUUUUGGUGCUCAUACAAAUCACUCGAUAAAUAAUUACUAUGAAAUAACUCAACGAAUACUCGUUACUUUCAUAUAUUUUUAUUAUAAAGAAAUUCCAUCAGUGUACAUUGUAUAAUGUAUAGUCCUCUUAAAGCUUGGAGUCAUUUUAAAAACGAGUUCGCAUAUCUACAUACGCCUUUAACAGUCAGCUGAUGAAAGUAGAUUUUGAAAUUUGAGAAACAAAUCUAGUAAUUUAUUGAAUAGAAUAUAUUUUUAAUUUCGAUCGGCAAACACUGCCUCGAGUAGGUUACAGGCCGGCCGAGCUGAGACAAGACUGAGGGCGGGCGUGCGGCGGUGCCAUCACGAAUCACACACAUAGGAUAACUAUAGAUAGUCUUGUAAAAUAAAAUAAAUAUAAAUUAUUGCUAUAA